GCUUGUAGACUGACUAAUUGUGAACAUGUUGACUGGGAACUAGCGGCCGCUCUGACUAAUUAGAGUUCGAAGACACCAGUAAAUACGCAUCACAUUCCAUGAGGACUUUGCACUUGGAAAUCUAAUAUUUUAGCCAGAGUCGGAGAGUUUGGACUCAGUUUCAAUUCCUCUACUGCCAAAGUUACUCUGAGGCGUCGACUAUCGUGCACUGAAGGGACAUAACUUUGAAAGAUCAUCAUGCCUCGGUCUUUCCUCGUGAAAAAGUAUUUUACCAACAAGAGACCUAAUUACAGCGAACUUGAAGAUCAACAUGACGCCCCUAUGGAGAGGUACCCUCUGGCUGAGCUAGCCCCAGGCGACAGCAGCGUGACCUGCAUUACCGCUGGUCUGCUAUGGGACGUGAGUCUCCUCCCGGCCCUGCAACUCCCCAUGUCCCCGACGAGCCUGUCCUCCGCUACGGCCCCCCUGGACCUCAGCUCUCCUUCCAGCUUCAGCGGCACCAACAGCAGCAGCAGCAGCAGUGCCAGCAGUAGUAGUGGGGAGGAAGACGAUGGGGGCCGCACCUCUGACCCCCCGAGCCCCGAGUCCACAGAGAACUACAGGCCCCCCCAGCGACAGCGCCGGACCACCAGCGGCAAGGGCCGGGCAGGUGCGCGGGAUGAGCAGCGGGAGGCCACGGUGGUGACCGCUGCUGCCAGGCCGGCCUUCUUCUGCAAGCACUGUCCCAAAGAGUACACGAGCCUGGGCGCCCUGAAGAUGCACAUCCGCUCACACACGCUGCCCUGUGUGUGCCCCACCUGCGGCAAGGCCUUCUCUCGGCCGUGGCUGCUGAGGGGCCACAUCCGCACUCACACAGGCGAGCGCCCCUUCUCCUGCCCGCACUGCAACCGUGCGUUUGCUGACCGCUCCAACCUGCGGGCCCACCUGCAGACGCACGCCGACGUGAAGAAGUACCAGUGCAGCACCUGCUCGCGCACCUUCAGCCGCAUGUCGCUGCUGCAGAAGCACAGCUCCGCUGGCUGCAGCGUGCCCACGGUCUGACCGCAAGGCAUUCUGGGAGAACACGGGAGAAAAGGGGGUUGGGUCGGGGAGGGGAAGGUGGUCACCUUUGCCCCCUCCCCCACCCACUUAACUCCCCCACAAACACAUUACCAAAGAAAAAAGAAAAACGAAAGCGCCGUUCUGCGCCUUUAAGUGCAGUCAUUUCACUCACAUGAUGUGGAACGAAAAAGCGCCGGUCUGCACCUUUAAGUGCAGUCAUUUCACCCACGGCGGAACGUUUUCUCUCUCGGUACUGGAGAGACUGGGUUUUUUUGGACAGUGGGUUUCUCUGUUGCUGAAAAUGCAAAGCCAACAAAUGUGUGCCUUCGAGAGCGCGACCGACCAGCAGCUGCUCGACAUUCGGCGGUGCCUCCUUCCCUCCCUCCCUCGCUCGCUCCCUCCUUCCCUUGCUCCCGCCCUCUCGCUCUCUACCCCGUCCAUAAGAAGGCUCCCUGGAGCGGCAGGCUUGGGAGCAGUGCCCUGGUGGAGAAAUGGUGCUUCUCUGACUAAUUGUUAUUCCAGAGCGGCCUUCGGUGCCGGCCGACGGAGACAACCGCCGACCAGGGACAGCUGCC